AUUGGUCCCGCGCGGAGCCGGGGGCGGUUUGAGCGGCAGCGCCCGGCGCGGCGGCGGCUCCCGGUCCGGCACGAUGCUGCCCCUGUCCUUGCUGAAGACGGCGCAGAACCACCCCAUGCUGGUGGAGCUGAAGAACGGGGAGACGUACAACGGGCACCUGGUGAGCUGCGACAACUGGAUGAACAUCAACCUGCGGGAGGUGAUCUGCACAUCGCGGGACGGGGACAAGUUCUGGAGGAUGCCCGAGUGCUACAUCCGCGGCAGCACCAUCAAGUACCUGCGGAUCCCCGACGAGAUCAUCGACAUGGUCAAGGAGGAGGUGGUGUCCAAGGGCCGCGGCCGCGGGGGCAUGCAGCAGCAGAAACAGCAGAAGGGCCGUGGGGUCGGAGGAGCCGGGCGAGGUGUGUUUGGGGGCCGUGGCAGAGGAAUUCCAGGCAGUGGAAGAGGCCAGCAGGAGAAGAAGCCGGGCAGGCAAUCGGCCAAGCAGUGAGGGCUGGGGCACUCUGGCUUUUGUCACCUCAGGGCUGUCCCCAAACGCUCCCUGUGCCACCCCUCCGCCAGAACCAGAGCCCGCAUCGUGCUCCUCUUCACGAGGAGUUUUCCCUCCUUGUCACCAGCAAAUCAUUGGAAAUAUUUUUAAAAAUUUCGUUCGUGGUUAAGGAGCGAGGUCCUGCCUUCUCCUGGGAGUGAAUUUUUCAGCCUUGCCAGGUUUGAUUUAAAAUAUUUCCCCUGUUCUGAGGUACCAGUAUGAAGGCAAACACUUUCUGGAUCGCUUGGAUUAUUAUUUUUUUAAAUACUUGAAACUUGGGAAAGUUGUUUUGUUUGUAACAGAUUGUGUUUUGGUUUAAAAACACUGAACUUGAGGAUGUUGUGUCUGAAUAUGAAUAGUCCUAAAAGUUUGGGGUUUUUUAAACCAACAAACUCUGAAGCUUUGCUUUUCUUCUCCUGGCCAGUGAGUUCUGUUCCUCCAGUGCCUCCGAGGAGGGAUGAACCUUCAAGGCUUGUUCCCAGGAGAGCUUUGUGACAAACGAGCAUUUCCCAAUUAGUUCAUUGCUAAUUUGACUUCAGAUCGGAAGUUUCCUUCAAAUGAACAGGGUUUUUUUUCUGUGGUUUUUGGUUUGGUUUUUUUUUUUUUUUUUGCAUGAGGCUGGUGCACCCCUUAUUCCUCG